GUUCAUGGUUCCAAAAGAAAAACUCAUUCAGUACCUUGUAAUCAACAUCAAAUCAUGAAAAUUCUUUAAAAAAAACAAUUUAAAACUACAUUUCUCUUGACUACCUCACAAUCCGUUUGGCUCCUUAACGCCUGUUUCACUUGCAAAGGGCAUUCUUACUUGAAACAAAACAUGGAACCCAUUCUGGAAAAACUAUUCAGUGAAACGUUACAAACUAGUGUGUUGAAGGAAUCCAGCAUUCUACUAAUAGGAAAGUGCUCUGGAUUUUCAGACCUCUUGGGAAAAUGUGGCAUUUACUCCAUAUCAAGAGAAAGUAAAAAUUGUCCGUUCAUGUCGUCUCCAAUAGUCAAUUGCUGUGAGAUAUCUUAUGAGUGUUUUGCUCUGCAUUCAGACAAAGGGGAAAAAAAUCAUAUAAUUCACAUUUGGCAAUCGUCCAUUAUUACAGAUCGGCUAUUAAAAUUUUUUGUGCAUCAGUCAUUGCGUUUGCAUGGACUCGACUCAUUAUGGGUGAUUUAUGUAAAUCAAGUAUUUUAUGAAAGUCCAAAAGGCUUUGCAAAGGAGUUUCUGGAAUUCUUACGAGUUUGUCAACGCUCAAUUGGCGAAUUUCGUCAGGAAUUCUCUAAAAUGCAAGAUAAGCAAAGAAAAAUAAUGUCUCAUUAUCAAAGCCUUUUCUCAACAACCGUGUCUGAUGAAUUUGAUCCAUUUUUCAACUUUACUUUGAUUUUACCUCAGCCUGAUAAUGAAACCGAAACGUCCUCUAUGAAUGAUGAGUUGAAAGAUUUUAUACAGCAAUAUGCUCGAAAUCUUUUGCUCCUUAUUCCCACAAGUUCCUUUAUGUACCUUUCGUCUAAUCCAUCUUCCUGGGACAAUUUUAAAAGUCUAUUAAACAUCUAUCUUUUAAAUGAUGAAUCUACUUUAACCGGGGAAAAUCAUCAUAUUAUAACUGCAAAUACAGUCGAAAAUGACAAACUUCUAAUUCCGCCUUGUUGGGAUACAAUGCAGAAAAUACAAAAUGUCAAUCUUAAGUUUCAAACAAUAAUCGUUGACGUGGCUACAAAAAGGCUUCAUCAAGUUUUUGAAACAGAUGAAUUGGUCAAUUACUAUGAAAGUAUUUUCCAUAACCAAAGAGACAAUCAGCGAAUCUUGGCCGAUGAAUUAGAGAUUCCUUGCAAAUCACAUCAGCAAUUUUUAAGGGAAUUGUUAAACAAAUACAGUUGUUUUAAGGGUUAUGAAGGUGCCACACAACAACUUCAUCAAAAUCGAGAUUUACUUAUCCGAAACGGCCAAGAUGAAAUUUUAUUAAAUGACAUAUCUGAAAAAUUAAACAUUGGAGAGCAGAAUCAUGAGUCCAAUAAUGCUUUGUCAAUUUUUUUUUCUAACAUUCUAAAAGAGAACAUAGAUUAAAGCCCAGCUAAACCAAAUCUUCCUAAUGACAGAUUAGAAGAAUCGUCGAGUAUUUUUUCUAAUGCAAGAGUUCUGUAAUCUUUCAUUUUUUUCUCAAAUUCUAAUAAUACCAUUGCCGCAACCGACUUCACCUUCUCCCCACUAUCAGCAGAGUUAAACAAAAAUUGUGUAUACGCCUCAAAUCCCAAUAACGACUUUCCAUGUUGUGAAGCCAAUAAACUACCCGGUGUUGAUUCUAAAACCACCAAAAAGUUGAACAAAAGAGCCUCAUUUACCUCCGGGGUUUCAACCUUGAGACGACAAACUUCCGUUAAGACAAUAAUAUAUUCAUCUACCAUCCGGCUUAAUCCUUCAAUUUUGGAGGUACAGCUUUGCGAAAAUAGUAUUCCCAUAGUUUUUAGAUAGUACACUAAAAAUAAUGGAUCGGUAAAAGAGGAACGCUUGACUGCCAUCAUGAAUCCAUUGGUCAACAAUAGAAAUAAGG